GGCCCCUUUGCUAUUUUUGUUCCUGGAUACACGUCUCAGUGAGGUAUUUUCUGUGGUGACUCGCUUACAUCAGUAGGUCUGAUAGUGUACCCUUAAUACACACAAUGUGGAUCAUUGAUGGGGCUAAUGUUUGGCUUAUUUGGCUUUAAAUCCGCUUUUCUUGAGGAUGAUACACUGGAAUAUGGAAGAUAUUAAUUCUAAAGAGAGCUGGAAAUGACUGGAGAUGUUGGACAAAGCUGUAUUUGAACACCAGAUAACCUGGAACUGAUCACAUGGGCCUAAGAGUACACUGAAGAAGGAAUAAAAACAUUGGAAAGAAAAUUACCCAUCAUUUUUUGAGAUCCUUGCAAUCAACCUGAAGACUGCAUUUGUUCAUUUUGGAACGUAUGGCACUUAAAAAAAGAUUUUGCACUAAAUUAAUUAGGACAUUCUGUACUAUUCGAUCCUACAGAAUGAAGUAGCAAAGAUGUAGCAGACAUAACUACUGAUAUUAGAAAAAACAUAUUUGGAUCAUGGAGACUCCUGAACCCGCUAUUGCAGUAGGAUGUUCCCCACAGAGAGGCACUUUGAAAGAUGAGAAACUAUCUGAUUCUGAAAUGGCCCAAAGAGAUCAUAUGCCUGGCACCAAGGACAAAACACCACUAACAGAGAGACCCCACAGAGAUGAUUUAAGGUCAUGUCUCAGUAUUGAGGCACAUUCAGUGGGGUCAGGAUCUAGUCCUUCCUUACAAGCCAGUGACCACAAUCCAAUCUACACAUGGAGGAAGACGCAACGUUUCACUCCCCUUGGCAAACGAUGUAUCCAAUCAAGUGUUAACCUCUUGUCAUUGGGUGUGCACAAAAAAGAGCUGAAAGUGAAGAAGACAGGAAAGUAUGUGUGCCAUUACUGUGGGAGAGCAUGCGCCAAACCCAGUGUACUGAAAAAACACAUACGUUCUCACACUGGUGAACGACCAUAUCCAUGUGUUCCUUGUGGCUUCUCAUUUAAAACUAAAAGCAAUUUGUAUAAACACAGAAAAUCUCACACACAUGCUGUCAAAGCCGGAUUGUUUCCAUUUUCGGAGCAAGAUAGGAAGCAUAGUAGUAUGGAUGAAGAAGUAACAGUAGAAGGAGAAAUGCACUCGGAUGCUGAGCAGAGCACUGACACUGAUGAGGAGGUGAAAGAAGAGGCAACUCUUGCACAAAGGCAGCCCAUGCAUAGAGGCAGCUCUAUCCGAAUGAAGGAAAGUGGAGAUAGUGUACAGGAAAAGUGUGGUCGACAUACACAAAAGAUCCCUGGGAUUACCUUUACACAAAGUCCAUCAAACGAGAGUAUGUCAGGAAAAGUAUCUUUAUGGCAGUUUCGAGAAAUGAUGGCACCUGUUAUUGUCUCUCAGGUGGACCAAGAACUUGAGUCUUCUAGCAUAAAGCAAAGGCUUGCCCUUAGGCUUUCAGAGAAAAGAAGUCAAGAUUCCCUAUCUCUCCCUAGCUCAUACAGCAAAGGCAGCACUGACUCUGGCUACUUUUCACGCUCAGAGAGUGCAGAACAGCAGUUCAAUCAACCCAGUGCAAAUGCCAAGUCAUACCAAGAAAUUAUGUUUGGGAAGUGUUAUAGACCAAGUGCCAAGCCAAGGCAAUCAAUCACUGUACAGACCUGCAUGACAGACAUAAAUGAGACUCCAUCGAGUUUUAUGAUUAAAUUGACCAAAGGAAUGGCACCUGAGGAAGUUGCAUGCCAUUUGCACAGAAACAAAAAAGACCUGGCCAGAUCAAUAAAAAUCGAGUCAGAAUCUUUGCAAGAAGAAGAGUGUCAGGAAUUCCCAGAACUGUUUCAGUGUCGGACUAAACUAUUAGAAACCCCUCCAGAAUGUGGUUUACUAUUACGGAGCAACUCUCUUCCAACACCAUCUGAUUCCAAUGUGAGUGCACCACAAGUGCUAAGGAGCAGUAAUUCUUUUGAUGAGAGGAUGACAAACGAAGAAAUCUCCUUUCGCAGCUCCAUGGGCAUGAGAAAACUUAUGAGACAGGCUGCCUUUGAGCACUCUGCACAUGAAGGACAUGUAGAACUGGAUAACCACACUUUGGUUUGUGGCCUGAAAUCAGAGCCAAAAGUUGACAGUCCUGAUGAUUCUAAAAUUGGACUAGAGAAUUGUCCAGAAUCAGAGUCAUGCCUCAUGUUUCAGAACCACAUGAUGGAAAAUGCUACAAGGAAGCGUAGAAAAGGAAAGAACAUUAUGGACGAGGAAGAUUUUCCAACCCAAAAUAAGCCUUCAUGCUUGCUUGACCUCACAGGGGACCUUUCUACUAAGCAAGAUAUUUCGGAUGCUACGUACACUGACUGUACUACAUAUACAGAAAGAUUGGCUGGAAGCAACGUUAUCUCUGUAAUUCAGCACACUAAAUCAAUAAGUAGGCCGAGUUCUGCAGAAAAAUUCACUGAUUUUGAAUCACAACAGUUUAAUAAAAGUACCCUUUCCCAAUUAAUUGAAAAGGAGCAGAUUAAGGAAAAGUACAAAAGUGACCGAGUCAUGCAUUCUGGAAAAAUAGAGAGUCAAUAUGGUGGAAGUAGUUUGAUCUACCAGUGGUCUCAUUUUUCUAAACAACUAGCUUUUCAGUCUGGUAUUCAAGUUCCUGAGAUUAGAGUUACUGAGGAGCCUGACAAACCAGAAAAAGUAAGAGAUGUGCAGGUUAGACCAAAUGAAAAAAACAGAGAAGAAUUCCAAUGGCCUCAGAGGAGUGAAACUUUGUCAAACUUCCCAGUUGAAAAGCUACCUCCAAAAAAGAAACGCUUGCGUUUAGCUGAGAUGGAAUGUUCUUCGGGUGAAUCAAGCUUUGAAUCUGCUUGUACUAGUCUCUCCAGGAGCCCAAGUCAAGAAAGCAAUUUAUCUCAUAGCUCAAGCUUUUCUCAGUCACUUGACAGGGAGGAAAGUAUAAAUGUCGCAUCUCCUGCUAAAUCGGAUGAGUUUAGUAAGUGUUUGGAGUUCUUGUCUGUUCCAGGAAGCUCACUAAGCCAACAGAGAGAGAUGAGGCGGUCAGCAUCAGAACAGACACCCUCCAACUUACCCAAUGAAUUACCAGAAUUUAGAAGUAAGUCUUUUGAUUAUAGCAACCUUUCUUUUUCAACCAGUCCUAUUCAAAGUGACAACUAUACCAGUGAAUGUGGAUUUAAAGAACGAAGAAGAGGAUGUUUGGUUAGACAGGCUUCUUUGAGUGGUGAUCCAGAAACUUUAACACAUGACAAAUCCAUGGAGGUGAACACUACACAGGGAGGUUCAGAUGCAGUUGAAAUGGGCAGAAAACUGUCUUCACCAGACAAACAGUUUUUGUUGGAAGGUUCCUCUAGUGGCAUUGAGAAAAUUAGGUACUCUUUGUUGCAUGUAAGUGUUUCUCCACCAGCUUAUUUCACCAGAUUGGCUAGGAUGCCAGAGCAAAUCCCUUAUAAACAGCCUCUUCUUCCCCAGACUUUACAGAUGCAUCAAUGUCAUGGUUUAAAGCAGAAAAUAAAGAACGAACCUGAAGAUUCAAAAACAGCAGAAGAUCCUAGAAUUGCUCUUUCAGAUCUACCGAAAGACAGUUCACACAGUGUGGCCAAUGUCCUGUCAACAAUAGCAGUUCUUUCACAAGCUCAGCCUGCCUUAGCCAGUCGGAAUGUGCGUGGUAUGUUAGUUCCAGUCAGAAUUCAGAUGCAAGUACCAUCCUAUGGAAACAUCACAUACACCAGUAUAUCUCAUAUUCUGGAUUCUCAGUAUGCAACAAACUUAACACCUAAUAAUGCUAACAUUCAAAGUCAAUUUUUAAAUGUUACAUCACAACACAGAGUUGGAUUUGAUGCAUGUCAAACACAAGGACAUCCAAGAGGACUUCUGCAUAACCCACAAUCAUCACCUGCAAAACUUAAUACAGGCAUACCUUUGUCCUUGACCUCUAGAACCAUUUCAACUACAGAGGCUCCAAGUGGUGGGGCUAGUAAGCGAAUGCUUUCGCCUGCCAGCAGUAUUGAGCUUUUUAUUGAAGCAACUCAGCAAAAACGAGUCAAGGAUGAGAAUAUGUAUGGACAGAUUGUAGAAGAACUUAGUGCUGUGGAAUUAGGACAUCCUGACCUUGCCAAAGAGAAACACAACAAGGAUAAUAAAGCAACACAUGUACAAACUCCAUCUGGGACAAUUGAAGAGAUAGAAAUGGAGGAUCCUAAUAUGGACUUCUACAAUAAAGCAGGCUUAUCAUUGCCCAGCAGUGUUUCUCAAGAAGCUAUUUUGGUAAAUAAUUUGCCUAUUGCAGUGCAAAUUGCUACAACAGCAUUAUCUAGAGAUAUUGCCAAUACUCUGAUGCUCUCUCAGUUUCCAGGUCUUCACACUACAACAUGUGUGAGUUGGUGUUAUCUCAAUUGUUCCAAACCAAACAGCACCCAAACGGCACCGCACAUCUCUGUGUAUGCCUCUUGGUUUAUGAGAAGUCAUAAUCCAAAUCCACCAAGUCUCAGUACUGGAAAGGCUCUCGCUCUUCUCCAAUCCAAACAGAAGAAAGAAAAUACCACAUAUACAUUCGCAGCCAUGUAUCAGCCAGAUAUACUUGUUACUUCAACUUUGACUGAUCACAAAAAAGAACAGGGGACCAAUGAGGCUAGGGUGGGAGGCAUAACAUGUGAUGCACAAAUGAAAGAUGUUAAGCAAAAAUGUCGACCGUCACGUGACAAUAGCAAAGAAACUGAGGCACCUUUACGGCAAACGGAGCCUGCUCGGGUAAAGAUUUUUGAAGGAGGGUACAAAUCAAAUGAGGACUAUGUGUAUGUCCGGGGACGUGGCCGUGGGAAAUAUAUAUGUGAAGAGUGUGGUAUUCGAUGUAAAAAGCCUAGUAUGCUAAAGAAACAUAUACGUACCCACACAGAUGUGAGGCCCUACGUAUGCAAAUGCUGUAACUUUGCCUUUAAAACAAAAGGGAACUUGACUAAGCAUAUGAAGUCAAAAGCUCACUUGAAAAAAUGCCUUGAGCUUGGUGUUUCACCCAUGAAUAUGGACAAUACGGAUGUUGCUGAACAUGAAGAUGAUGUACAAAAACCAUCAGAGAUCAGACCAGUAAUGGAUGCAGCCAUUAAACAUCAGUUCUCUGAUGUGGAUGACUCAGAUGGUGGUGAAGAAGAUGGAGAUGAACCAGAUGAUGACGAGGAUGAUGAAUAUGAUGGGGACUCUACACCAAGAACCCAUUCCAGGAGCACAAGUCCUCAGCCUUACACAAUUAGCAAACCAUUUCCCUCCAUCUGUUUCACAAAGAACUUGGAUCCUAAAGAAAGUCUUGAAGCAUCAUCAGUCAGUAAUGAGGAUGAUCUAACUCUUGAACAAACAAGCACCUCAUUUGAUCUUUGUACACCUCAACUGCUCUCUCCUCGUUGGGACUCACCUCAUCAAAGAAACAUCUGCCUACGGGGGGAUUUGACCUCACAAGGUCAUCCAAUUCCAGGAAGGGCUCCCUCCCCCUUGAGACCCAUUUUAUCAAGACGAGAUGUGAACAUCAGAGGGGAUCUCUCACCCAUUCGACAGCUAUCACCUGCAAGGCCUGUUUCGCCAGCGACAGAUGUAUCACGUUAUCGUGCAUCCUCCCCUCGUGGUCAACAUAGAGGCAUGCUUAGGGCUACAUCACCACGCAGGGGAGCAUAUCAGCACAGAUCUUAUCUGGAUUCGAGCAGGGAAAUGAAAUGUGAAGCCUCUGCCUUUAAACAAACCACUGCAAUGUACCCAGAAAUGGAUAAACGAGAGGCCAUUCUUCCAAAUGUCAUCGAUGGUGUUCGCUGUGGUACUGAUGCAUCCACACUCCCCAGUCGAGGCAUCUUCAGCCACUUGCCUUUGCACUCUCAACAGCAGGUACAGACUCCUAUCCCAAUGGUCCCAAUUGGAGGUUUAAGAAUGCCCUCCGUCUGCCCAUCUGGUGUUUCUGUAGAGCGACACUCUAAGUCACAACCACAGGGGGACAUUUCAGAGAGGGCUAAUUCCAGGCAAGCCUCAGUUUCUAUUCCAGGACCUGGAGUAAGCAACAUAUCAUCCCAGAGGAAGGAGCAGCCAACAUCUUGCACUGGCCUUGCCAGCAAGGACAACAAGCAGGAGGAGAGUGUCCACAUCUGUGCAGAGGCUAUUGCAUCCCUCAGGAUCACAUCAGAGGAACUAAUUGGUAAUCCUCCAGAAAGCUGAUUCAAAUAGCUUGUUGCAAAAUGUUUUGUUAUGUCAAGCAAAAUCAAGCUUAUUUGAUGAUUGUUGUUUUAGUAAGGUGCAAUAUGUGGCCAAAAGAAACGAUAAAGCGUAUAUGCACAUAAUUUCAAAUACAGAUGCACAGCACAUAUUUUAAUCAAACUGCCAUAUGAGUCACAUUUCCUAUAACCACAACUUAUUUUGUUCAUGCAUAUCCAUGCAUAUAUGGCCAUAUAAAUAUCAAUAUGCAGUCCAUAAAUAUUAAAGCAGUAUUUCAGGAGCUUUAUUCAAACUUCAGAAUUAUUGGAAAUGAUUUCUAUAUUUUUCAGCAACUAAAAAGUACCAUCAUUUUCCAGAUCAAAUGCAUUAAUAUAUAAAUCAUGACUACAACUUAAUCACCCCCUUCGGAUCAGCUUGUGCCUUUUUAGAAUUGUUUGCCUAUGCCUCAGUGAGACAGAAGUAUUGGAUGUAUUGUUUAAAGCAGUGAAUAUAGUGUUAAACUGAUCUAAAGUACUGUUGAUGCUUUUGAAAUUGCACUCAAUUCACAUUAUACAUUUUGAAUACUAACUUUAGUAGUGCUAAUAUAUAUUGCUUGGUAUAUAGCUGUUAUUUAUGUUUGCUGGUGCACUUGUUUAAUCUUUUGACUUUUCAGCACUUAUGCAACACAGUGACAAGUUGUACAUGUAGUUUAUGAUAUGACAAUGUAUUAUUGCUAUGAUAACCUAAAGUCAUUUGUUAAUGUUAUGCAGUUAGAUGACUAUGUAAAGCACUUUCUACUGAUGUAAUUGACUGAUGAUGUGCAGUUGAUAUUUGGGAUGUUUGGAAUCAUUGAAAGAUUAAUUUGUUUAAAUGGCACAACAUUCCAGCCACUGUUUAGUCAAUUAUAUGCACAUACACAUGGUGUUGGGUAGUAAAGGAUUACAUAUCAAAUAGAUCAUGUAUUCAGGUUACAAAAAUGAUGGACUACAUAGAAACAGGAUUAUGCAUUCAGGUCAUGAAAAAGUAAUAUGGCAAAACCCCCAGAAUGCAUUAGAAUCUAUUUAUUAACAGACUACUUUUGUACACAUUAUGUAGUCACAUUCUGUCUGAAAAUAAUUGUUGAUUACAAAGAAAUCGCAUAUUAUGUUUACAUCUUUUCACACACUAAGCCAUUGAAAUCUUAAAAGUAUAAUGUAGCUAACCAAAAUAUACUUUUUUUAACAAGGAGCAAUUUAGGCACAACAUUUUCAUGUUUCUAAAAGCAUAUCUUAAUUGAUCUUAAACUACGCCUGCCUAAUAUCUCAACAUAAUUUCAAAAAAGAUCAGAUUAUGUUGUAUUUUCAUAAAUUCAUACUUAUUAUCAGUGCCUGAGUACAUUUUCUAAGUAAUCUGCCCAACACUACGCAUAUUCUCAUGAACACACAAGCACCUACAUACACACCUAAGCACACAUGCACUCACGCCAAGGUACAAAUACACACACACACACACACACACACACAAUCAUGUACUGUAAUUAUUUUUUUCUAGUGUGUCCUGUGUGCGAACAAAUGAACAAGAAUUGAUGUCUGUAUAAGUUUUUUUCUUGACAUCAGAUUUGAACUGAACUGUGUGUCUGAUUGUAUACAGUUUUAAGGUGCAAUUGUUUUUAAUUGUCUCAAAAUGAAAAUAUUGUAUUAGACAUAGAGAGGACAUAUAAAUUAGUAUGAUAUUUUGGAACAAGAUCAAUCUAAUGUUCCAUUUUAGUGUUCACUUAAUAUAGGCUAUAGUUAAAAUUUAUAUUCAGUGAGUGUUAAAUCAAUGAGCUCAUGAUAAGGUUAGUUAAGUGAAAAACGUUUUAUGUCAUGUUUACAUUAUAACUAAUAGGGUAUUUUCAGUUGCAUUUAGUUCAAUUUGUAUUUAUUGCAUUUGAUAUAUCACCAAAGUCAUGAUAUAUCUUACAUGAACAUCAUUUACAGGUAUUCAGAAAUAUUUAUUUAUUGCCCAUGAAGGCAGCUGAUUUCUCUAUGAUACUGUGUUUUUUUCUUUUCUGAUUACAAGAUGUCCAUAAGUAUAUUAAAGUUAUAUGAUAAGGAUUUGUCAGCAAUGUUCUUACCUCAAAUUACUUACAAAUAAAUGU